AGAAGUAGAAGAAGAAGAAGAAGAAGAAGAAGAAGAAGAAGAAGAAGAAGAAGAAGAAGAAGAAGAAGAAGAGAGCAAGAGUGAGCUGACUGUUGACUGCUUUGGUGAUUUGCUGCUGAUUCUCUUUCUUGUUGGCUGCUACCCUGGUUCAAUCCUUUCUUUGUCUCCUCACUCAUUCCAUCGCUAAAGCACAGGAUCUGUCGGUAUCGCUCGCUCACAGGCUUCAUCACACUCCCCAGAUCGAUCUUUUCCGUCCUUUCGCUUUGAUUUUCCUCCCACGCUCGCUUGUGAUGACCACCUCCGACGCCGAUUCACACUCUGGCUCCGCGCACCACGCGGAUGCAGCAACCUUCAGUGCGUCCGCGACAAAAUCAGAUAUCUACAGCACCGCGCUCGACGCCGCAGAGGCCCUGUUUUCAGACACAAAUUUCUGGCCGUCGAACCUCGCCAAUGCGGCGUCGCUCAUGUGGUACGCGUUCGAAGCGCUUGAGAUGAAGGUCAACUGGGCCGGCUUCUACAUCUGCUCGCCCGAUGAACCGAAAUCAAAGCUCCUGCUCGGCCCGUUUAUGGGUAAAGUGGCGUGCCAGUCCAUUGUCAUUGGAAGUGGGGUCUGCGGCACCGCCGCGGCGACCAGAGAAACGCAGGUCGUGCCUGAUGUUGAAAAAUAUCCGGGACAUAUUGCCUGCGACGGCGAGACGAAGAGCGAAGUUGUUGUACCGCUUGUUGAUCGGGAAGGUGGCGUGCAUGGCGUCUUGGACGUGGACUGUCUUGUGCUCGACGGGUUUACUGAGGACGACGUAAAGUUUCUGGAAAAAAUGGCGGCGCUGAUUAUUACAUUCUGUAAAUUCUGAUUUGCUUGUUGUAACGGUUCCAUUGUUUAUUUUGAAUUUUUCUUGUGCCUUUAAUCGUGUAAAACAGUGUUUAUUGUACGGCGUUUGAUUAUAAAUGAAUGGCUUCGGUAGUGGAUUCACAAAAAUGUCUGGCUCUUGGAGCGCGCAACCACUAAUCUCGUAGUUCGAAAGCACGCGAAACAAAACAUCUCGAUCCAACCGCCAAGCCGGCAGCAACAACAUAAAGCCAGAAAAGAGAAUGCUGUUUACAGUUGGCUGGCCAGUCAAUACAAACACACGCGCUUUCAGCUCGUCGUUGCAAGUACCCAGCCAGCCGGAAGAGAAGCGAAGGGGGGCGGGCGGAAGAGAGGCUUUUCAGCCGCCCAUAUUCAUCCAAUUGCGCAAACUGAGAUCGUUUGGAUACAGCAAGGUCAGUCAUCUCUAAUAGAGAGAAAGAUCAGAUGCCAUGUUGGCUUGCUUUUAG